GAGGCUUCCCUCCUCUUGCCAUAAUGCGGCGACGCAGCUGAGGAGCCCCCGCGGGGAGGGGGAGGCGGAGGAGUCGCUUAUAAAUGGCGCCCAAGCAGGACCCCAAACCCAAAUUCCAAGAGGGUGAGCAGCGGCAGGAGGGAGGGUCGAGCCGGGGACGGAGGGGGCGCCCUGCCGGAGACCCCCAACCACGGACCUCCAGCCGCGAAGGGCAGGGGAGAGGGAGAGGAGGGGGCGCCCAGAGCCGGGCGGGGGGCGGCGGCGGCCGCUCUGCCUCCCCCUCCCCACCCCAGGCAAGCAGGCAGUGCAUGCACAGGAGCCCGUUUUCCCCGCAGCAAAACGGCCCCUCGGGUUCUUCUCUUUGUUUUCCCCUCCCCACUCCUCAGGAGGGGGGAAAGGGAGCCACUAGGGGGUGUUUUCCCCCCCCUCUUCCCUGUCUGCGUCUUGCGGCUCAGCCUUCCUCUGAGGAAGACCCUGGUUGCUGGGUCAGGCCGAGGAGAAUGAGCCAAACACACACCUGAAUUUGUCUUUCAUUGCCUACUAGUCAUAAUGGCUACUCGUCAUAAUGGCUACUAGCCACGACGGCUAUGUCCGCCCCCCCCCCCCAGUAGGAGGCAGUGAUGCUCCUGGAUCCCUGUGGCAGGGAGAGCUGCUUCUGCCCUGUUGGGGGUCCUGCUGCCUUCAAGGCUUCCUGCUAGGGGCACCUGGUUGGCCACUGUGAGAGGAGGGUGGUGGGCUAGGCGGUGGACCCCCUUUGGGCAGCUGGCCCAGCUGCUGCAGCCAGACUCUCUUCUUUCUGCCUGCAAAUGCCCUCAUCCUGCUCAGAGGCUUUCACCCUCUCCUGUGGGCACCAGAGCUCCAUCGCAUGGCCUGGCACAAUAGUUGCUAGCCCAUGUCGGUUGAGCACAGGUGAGCAUAUGACAUCCUGUGCCAUCUCUUUUGGUGUGGGACAGGAUCAGCCCCUCUGGCAUUCUCUGUGGUAGGCCCUGGAGUCUGGACACCCUUAAUUAGCAAUGCUCAAAUAAGUCUUCCUCUUAGCUUAUAGGGAGGCAGAUUGCUACUUGACGGUUUGGUACUCUGUGCAUUACAACAUGAAAAUGAGGACAUCCAUGUGUGCGCGCACACACACAGAGGGUGGCGUUGGCAUCUUGUGCAACUCAAAUCUCUGAUGAGGAAGUUGCAUUGCUUCAAAGGCACAGAUGAAAAAUCCUCUGAUUUUUCUGUGUGUCUUAUCGUUCAACUUUGAAAGCAAAAAUAUGUUGCCUUGGAAGCCCUUUCUGCACUCGUCAACAGAAACACCAGCUUUUGAACAUGCGUGUUUAUUUGGGUUGGUGGAUGGGAAGUCCAGUUUGAGCAAAAUGGCGGUUCAGCUCUGCUUACCUUGGCCCAAGCUCUUAUGAGGAGCUGAAAUAGUAAGAUGAACGUUAACGGAUCCUUGCAUCUUCAUUUCAGUGCGAUGAUGAUAUUAUUCAGUGUUUGUGUGGUGCGUGUGCGUCUAGGCCUGCUUUUCCUACUAAAUGGAAAUUUUCUCACAGGUGAACGGGUGCUGUGUUUCCAUGGACCUCUUCUUUACGAAGCAAAGGUAUGUUGGCUGUAGUUUGCUGUGGCAGACGACGUUAACCCACCCACGGCAGUGCUGGAUUUAAGGGGUGGUGGUGGGGGACGCGUGCGCUGUGCAAAACAAAACAAAACAAAAAAACCUGCUCUGGGGCUCCAGAGCCAAAGGGCCUGAUUCACAUACCGUGCUUUCCUCUGCCAGCAUUCUCGCACAGAAGCAAGCCUGUGCAAACACAGCAGCCACAAGCAGCCCGGCUCCCUUUCUCUGGUCCGCUCCAUCCUGCCUUCCUUUUGAAGUCCUUCUGCAGUACUGAUGGUAUCGUAUUCCUCAUGCUAAGAGAGGCAGCCUGUGUGGCGAGUGACUGGGGACAUUGUGCCCUCUGGGCAGCCACCGUGUCCCCAGCUGCAAGGAGCAGGAUGGGCUCGCACUUUGCAUGCUGGGAAACUCCCAGAACAUCUUGCCACAGCAAGGGACCCGAUUUGGCUGGGGCAAUUAAAUACCCUGUAGGCUGCCUAAGAACUGUUAAUCUGGCCCAGAGUGGCAUAAAAGUCUCUGAAUUGCACGUGGACUUGCUAAGUUGUUGACAGACUUUCUUCUUCCUCCUUCUAGUGUGUAAAGGUUGCUAUAAAGGACAAACAGGUGAAAUACUUCAUACAUUACAGUGGUUGGAAUAAGAAGUGAGUAUUUAUUUUUAAGUAACGAUAACAAAACAAAAACAAACCUGUAUUUGAUACGAGGUAUAUAUCCUACUUUUUCUCCAAAAUGGAGCACAGAAUGGCUUGUGACAAUGGCAAUCAAAUAGCCACCAUCAUAACAAAACCAUUAUUAAAACCAAAAAAAUCAAUAUACAAUGAACAGCAAUGGUUAAAGUUCCUUCAUUUCUAUGGCAACUUAAACUAAUGUUUAAGGUCAGAAAGUUGGGGCAGUACAAAAUAUGUGCAGCAUCUUUGCAGGAUUUCACCCCUGGCAUUUCCAGCCAAAGCAGAUGGCAGCCUGUCCUCAGUCAUCCUUUGGGCUAGGCUGCCGAAACACACUAUGUGUGCAGCUGCUCCUGAAGGUGUUUUGGUAACCACAGUUAGUUCAGGGAUAUGGCUUCUACAUGAGCAACUGAGGACAGCUGUUGUGAUGCCAGCGUUUCACCAACACGACCAGCUCCCUGUCAAUUAUUUCUGGGCCCAGCUCAGAGUGCUGGUUUUGAUUUUUAAGACCCAUCAUGGCUUAGGGCCAGGAUACCUGGAAAAUUGUAUGGGUUCACAUAUACUUGCCAAUACAUUGAGAUCUGCAGAAGAGGCUCUUCUCUAGGUUUUUCUGACAUAUUGUGGUUUCAGGGGAAAGGGCCUUCUCUGUGGUGGUGACUUUAGAAUGCUUUUCCCAGAGAGGAAUAUCUGGCAUCUGCUUUGGUAUCUUUUUGGUGCCAGGCAGAUACCGAUUUUAUUUUCCUAAGCUUUUUUAAUUCAGUUGAUCUGUUUUAUUCACACACACAUUUUGUUUAGCUUUCUUAUGUGUUUAUAUUUUUGUCUCUUGAUUAUUUUAUUGCAACGAUCUCAGAUGUGCUUGAAGUUUCAAGAUUAAUAAAAUAAUAAUAGUAUUGAACCCAUAAGUCAACCUUGUCUACUCACUGCCACAAUCAUGAGGCUUUUGAGCAAAAAACCCCGGGCAACACAGCUUUGUGAAUUAUUGAAGGCUCUUUGCUCUUCACCUCUUGCUGGAGAAACAGUUACAGGUGGUGUGAGUCAGAAUGUGAAAUGGGGAUUUCUCCUAAGUCUCUAAUUGCAUUCAUUCAUAUCUGCUUUCCCCAUUCUGGCAUCCUCCAGAUGUUUCAGACUACAACUCCCCAUCAGCCCAGGCAGCAUGACUGUAUGACGCUAGGGCUGGCUGGCCCUGACGGGAGCUAAAGUUCUAAACAUUUGGGUGGCACCAGCACAGGAAAAAGAUGAAUUACAUGCUAAGUAGCGAUUAUGGUUCCUGCUGCAGACAUUGAUAAUUUACCAGAAAGGAGAAAAAGGAAUAAAAAGAAACCACUGUCUAAAUUCAAGCAGUGCCCCAAGUUUAACUAGUUAUUAAUAUUAACUGAAAUUUCCUAAGUUGAAGGCUGCUCCCCUCUCUGCCAGGUUUAAGCUGAUACAAAAAAGGAGCCUUGAUCUGCCCACAGAUUACAGGGCACCCUCUUGCUUUCCUCCCAUGUGGCUCUCUCCUAGCAGUGUGGGCCACAAUCAAGGCAUCCGACUACACCCUCUCUUUUUACUCCAAUCUAACAGUCCUCCCUGAAGGCUGCUAUCUGCUAUCUAUUCUCAGCCAUUCCAUACACACUCCCAAGGUUGUUGUGGGGAAAGGGAGUAACUUACGUGUCCUCCCUCUCUAAGCUCCCACUAGAGUAAAGCCUGUGCCUGUCUCAAAAGGUCUGCUGUGCCAAAGCAAGGUUUUUGUGGCCUGCAAUAAGUGACAGCGGAUUGGGCAGGAGAGGCACAGUGGAAGUCCUGGCAGGUUUCGGUGUCCUGAUCAGUGGCAACAGAGCGAUUGAAAAAGGGUGUGUGUGUGUGUGUGAGAGAGAGAGAGAGAGAGAGAGAGAGAGAGAGAAAACCCCACAGAAUAAGCUGCAAAUUGAUCAGUCAUAGCUGGGGAUGGUAAAGCAUGAGGUCAUAAUCCUGUCGCCCUAUCAGAAAGCGUUCCCAAACUUUCUCCAGGAAUGUAGCUUUCAGCUAACUUUAAAGUCUUCUUAAUGAAAACAACAGCAUCUAGAACAAUGAUUCUUUUUUCUACAGGAAUUGAUUGAAUACCUGGAUUCCGAAACUUAGGAGAAAUCCACACGCUUGUGCCUGUAACCCUUUGUUAGGCAGGGCUGCAAGUCGGAAAAGCAAAGUUUUUAUAAAUAGCUGUCUAUAAAUAUUUUUUUAAAUAAAUGAAUAAAGUUCAUUGGUUUUCUGUGAAGCCACUGAAUUAACAGCUAGGCAGUGGGCUUCUUGUUAUGUAGCCCCUGAAAACUCUUCCCUUCCCUUGCAGCUGGGAUGAAUGGGUUCCAGAAAGCAGAGUGCUCAAAUACGUGGACACCAAUCUGCAAAAGCAGAAAGAACUUCAAAAGGCCAAUCAGUGAGUAUUACCUAGUAAUGGAGGAACUAAGCCAGGCCAGUGUAUAAUAAAUGGUUGGGUUUUUUUUACAUGGGUCUCUGUAUUCUUGUGUAAGAAAGGUGUGGGGAACCUUUGGCCCUAGCAAUGUAACUCAAACUUAAAACAGCAAACAUUUUUAAAAGAUGAAUACAUUAUUGCCUCUGCCAAAAGGGAAAGGGGUGUGCCCCCAAAGGUAGCAGAGAGAGCAGCAGUAAAUUCUUGGGGAGCUGCUUCUCCUUGCAGGCUGGGGUGCGGAGGGCAGGACAAAUGGGAAAGACAGCCCCUUGAGGGUUCAGCACAGUCUCUCCCCUGCAGCCUGAAUAUGUAUUACAUGGAUUUUAUGUGUGUGUGAAUUUUGUAGAACUCACUUCACCUAGUAUGGGAGAAGGUGCCCUUCUCUCUCAUUGCUCAAGCAGGAGAACUCUUUGGAGCUAUAAUCUACUUACCCCCAAAUUGCUUUAAACAUACACUAUGAAAUACCUUCUGUGUUGUCCUGAACUACAUACUGGAUGGAGCUCACAUUCUGUGUGGGUAUAUAUAAACAUAUAACACUGUUGGAAAAAAAUUGCAGCAUGGGCACUGUCAGGGCAAGAGGAACAGACCAGGAUGCCACAGUUUCAGUGCAAUACUUAGGGACAUUCCCAAUGUUAAAUUUUAACUGGUUGCACUGGCAGUUAAGAAUAGCAAGACAGGCAGGGCUUCUGUUGCAGAGAUACUUCUGCGCUAUAGAGGCAUAGAGAUGCCUCUAAUUAAGUCCUGUUUUGAUGACUCUUUUUUUCAAAGGGAACAGUAUGCAGAAGGAAAGAUGAGAGGGGCCGCACCAGGGAAAAAAACGUCCGGACUCCAGCAGAAAAAUGUUGAAGUGUAAGAAACUAUUUUGUCUGUUUUAUUCUUUUUUCUUUUAAAGGCUUUCCCUCAUAAUCUUUUGGCCUUGAAGAUCUUAGCAAGCAUAUUUCCAAAGCUUAAAACUGUACCGUUGGUACAUGUGGAAUGUUGCUUUGGAAAAUGUAACUUUAGUGCUGAGGAAACUGCUUUCCAAUGAAGAACUGUGAUGGAAAACGAGCUUGCCACCAUUUCCAAGAGACUGGGCUUUGAAUGGUCCAAUAGGUGUUCUUUAGGCAGUCAUGGCUUCUACAGUAUUGCAGGAGUUUUUGAGCCCACUCUUUCCCUUACUGUUGAGCAGUCUUAAGUGAGCAGGUGGCGAGAUGUGUAGCUGGCAUCGAUUUCGAAGAAAACUAGCCUUGUUCUUCUCAGGAGGGGGGCCUGCUGGCUUCUCUGAGUGUCCUCUGAGAAAAUAACACCAAUGAUCUGCGUAAGCCUGGGCUCAGCCUUGUGUUGCUUCCAUGGAUGGAUGGAUGAAUAGUGUACAUAACAGAGCCCAGAUAUGACAAAAUAGCAUUCAAGGUAGGAGGAAGAUGUCAGCCCCGGUAGGCUUCCCACCCUCCAGACACUUGUUGAAUGGGGCUGUAACUUCCUCUAAAAGCUGUCUUGCCUUUUCCAGCUGAACUGAAGUGCAUUCUCUUAAAGGUUCCAUGUGUCGGGUCUGACACUCUCUCCUUAACUCAACCCCCAUUGUGCCUAGAUUUUUCAGACGAGAUGGAGCGCAUACAGUUUGCGGUUUGGAGACCCCUGCAAUAUCGACGCGGUGAGUUAAGGAUGGAUUGUCACGCCAGGAUCUUCAUCCUGAAAUUCAGAUUUCCUUGCUUUGUGUAGAUUUAUAAGUUUCUCUCUCUCUGAAAAAUGAUGUAUAGGCAUAUUAUGUGAUUACAGUGGUACCUUGGUCUACAAACUUAAUUCGGUACGGAAGUCCGUUCUUAAGCCAAAGCGUUCUUAAACUGAGGCGUUCUUUCCCUACUGAGGCCUCCUGCCGCUGGUGCCCUUCCACCAUUCAUCUUCUGAGGCAAAGUUCGCUAGCCAGAACACCUGCUUCUGGUUUUUGCGGAGUUCGUUGCCCAAAUAGAUCGUUAACAGGACUGUUCGUAGACUGAGGUACCACUGUAAUGGAAUAUCCUCCCUGGAGAUAGCUGGUAGAAUAACAAUUUAUGCAGUUCUUAAUGCAUCAGAUUUUCUCGAAGGUGUUCUUCAUGAUAAAAAACCCCACCACCAUCUUGGUUGAUCGCUCCUUUUUGUACUUCCUCCGGUCACUCGUGAUGUGUGGAUUUGAUUUUCAGAUGCUGCAUAUGGAUAUUCCACUUAUUAUUAAAUUUAUAUACCGCCCUUCAUCCCAGGAUCAUAGGAUUUACAGUAUAUAAACAUGAAAAUACAUAACAUAGUAUUAUGUUAUUAAAACAAACAAAAGAAUGACUCCCUGCCCCCCAAAUUUAAAAGGCCAUAGAUUGUUUAAUUAGCGAAAGGCCUGGGAGAAGAGGAAUGUUCUUGCCUGGUGCCUAAAUAUAUGUAAUGAAGGUGCCAGGCAAGCCUCCCUGGGGAGAGCAUUUCACAAACAGGGAGACACUGCAGAAAAGGCCUGUUCUCCUGUUGCCACCCUCCAGACCUCUUGUGGCGGAGGCACCCAAAGAAGAGCCUCAGAUGAUGAUGAUCACAAGAUCUGGGUCGGUGCUUAUGGGUGGAGGUGGUCCUUGAGAUACUGUGGUCCUGAGCUGUUUAAGGCUUCAUAGAUCAAGCUAACACUGGGCUCAGAAACUAAUUGGCAGGCAAUGCAGUUGGGCCAGGCUUGUAGUUAUAUGCUCAGUCUGUCUUGCCCCAGUGAGCUACCUAGCUGCUGAAUUCUGCGCUAUCUGAGGUCUCUGAACCGUCUUCAGAGGAAGCCCCAUGUGUAACACACUGCAGUGAUCUAACCUUUUCAGAUGUCGAUGAGAAUUGUAGCUGUGCUUUUUUAUAAAUCACGAAGACAGGUGGUCUGCCAUGCUUCCAGCUAUUAGGGUGGGGUGAAAGAGGCUGCUUCUACACCUUAUUUUUUUAAAGGCAGUGUACAUUUCUGGUGUGCCUUUGCAGCUGCAGGUAUGGCUGGUCACGGGGGAAGGAUACUAGCUUUGCGGAAAAUUUAAAGCACGUAGCUCUUCCUUUAUUUUAGCAAAUGCUGGGAAUGCAGCUUCUACAUAUGCCAAAGCCUGUCCUUUCCGUAUUAGGCCUAAGCACCUUGAAUUAUCCUGCGUGGAUGACGUUCCUUUCAACAAUGGGCCUUGCGCUUUGUGGCUUGGUCAGUCCCUUACAGAUCAAGUGAUUGGGCUUAGAAGAAGGAACUUUUUUUAAAAAAAAAGUGCUGGCGUUAUACUUGCUUUACAUGUGCAAUAACAGUGUCUCUUUUCCCUUUGGCAGGAAGACCAAAAAGAACAAACAGAAAAGUAAGAGCACCUCUUUUGAGUUGCCCACUCUUAUCUAGCAUGACGUUCUUCUAGAUUUUCAAUGUUACGCCAACAUUUCUCCCCAGGCCCCACCUUACUUUUAUAAGAGCAAAAAGGGUUAAGGAAAAGAUGGCCCUCCCAGUGUGUUGGCUCCAAAAUCGAAGCUCCUAGAAUCCGGGAGCAGCAGCAGUAGUACUUCCAAUUAGUUACUUGGAGGCAAUUUUUUUCUCUGCUGUUGUUAUUUUGAUGCAGUAAUUUAUUCAAAGCUGCCCACUCUACAUAAAUACGAACAAACAUUAAAAGGCAGCCCUACUAUAAUGCACAUCUUGCUAGAACUUGAAAAUUUUUUAUAUUGGUAUCUUAAGAAAAAUAAAAGGGGAAGGAGAAAAAAGCAGUUAAUUGCAUUGGGUGAUAAAAACUACUCUAAUCAGGUGGCAGCCCUAGAAGUCUCAGUUGAGUUUUGAUCAGCUACCAGAUUGAUUCUGCGUGUCUAGACUAUUGAAUAUGGCCUGCCCUGAAUGAAACAAUAGUUACUUUUUUAUUUUUUAUUUUUAAAAAGGUUUUGCUUGAAGCAGGGGUUUUCCUUCAUACAUAAGAGAGGGAAAGUCUUUUUUCGUGCCUGCUAGUAUUAAAAGUUUUAAUGUAACACUUCUUAAAAAGCAUUGCCCAAUCAAUUGGAUGCAUCUUUAAGUCAAUCAAAAAGUUUGUAAUCAGUUCAAUUAACUCAAGACAUUGGAGCUACCCCCGAAACAGUUCUUAGCACUGCUGAGCAACUUAAAAAAUGAGGUUUGCAUCUGGGAUCCCAGUGACUAUUUUAAAGGGGCUGCCACAACAUUGGGGUGCAGUGUGUGUGUGUGUGUCUGAUUUCUGGUUCUGUCCAGUAGACCCCUUCCGCAAGUGUGUGUUGUGUGUGAACUGCCACCUGUGUAAAAUGUUUAGCUAAAACCACAACAGUGAUUCCCUUGCCUGUUUGUGUAGCUCCUGGAAUCGGUGAAGGCAGCAGCACUAAUGAAAACCCUCAGCCUCCCAGGAAGAAAAGGGCUCGUGUAGAUCCCACUGUUGAAAGUGUAAGUAUUUUGGACUGUCUGGGACUCUAGGUAGAGUUCCCCUUGUUGGGUUGCAGUCAUUACACAGUUUGCAAGUCUUAAAAAAGAAAGAAUAUCCAAGAUGUUUUGGAACCAUCUCAGCCUUUGGGCAACUUCACAAGGAAGGGGGAUAGAUGGCAAUAAUAUUUUUUUUCCAAAUCCCUUACUUCAGUAUUGGAUUACUGCAAGUCACUCUGCGUGGGAUUUCUUUUGCCCUUGAUCUGGAAGCUGCAGUUAGUGCAGAAUGCUGCAGCACGAUUGCUGACACGAGUGAGGCCUUGUCUGCAUAUACACCUGUGCUCAGAGAUCUGCAUUGGUUGCCAAUUGACUACCAGGCCAAGUUCAAGGUGUUGUUAUUAGUAUGCAAAGCCCUUAACAACUUGGGACCAAUUUACCAGCAAUAUCUCCGUACACCAUAUACGCCUAAUUUACUGCUUUGAUCAGUGGAACUGCUGUUGUUACAUGUGCCACAUAAUAUGUGUUCCACAUUUGUAAAAACUCUCUUAGUGCGGCAGGAUUUACACUUUGGAACUCCCUGCCAAUUGACACUAGGCUGGUGCCUUCACUGUACUGUUUCAACGCAUGUUAAAAACAUUUUUGCUUAGACAAACCUACACAGAUAAGUUGAAUGCUGGUGCGAAUUUUAAUCUGCUUUUAGUCAAUUGUUAUUUAAACUUUUCAAAGGUCUUAAAUUAUUGCUGCUAAUUCUUCUUGAUCGUUUUAUAUUUUUGUAAACUGCUUUGAUACGUGGUUUCUUUUCUUUUUUACAAUCAAGAAGUGUAUAAAUUUUAUGAAACAAAUAAUAAAUGCAGCUUGUGGGAAUAUGUGAAUGCUUGUAUCGAGUGGCAAUGAACAUAUUUUACAACUCCUUGAAACUUUGUAAGUGUCCUCAUGGAACCACAAGAAACACUUGGCAGCCUUCUCUAUAGGGCUGGCAAUAGACAACUGAGGUUUUCUUCCUUGCGCCGGCUUCUGAAUAGUUGUGUCCUGCCGUUACAGUGCCGAGGUCUGUUCUCAGUUCCUUGGAUCUUGCUAGUGAGGACGUCUCUGAAUACAGAGAUGCAAUAUUGUUAAAUUCACUGAUACACUGUAAAAAAUAAUAAAUAAAUGCCCUUUUCUGUUCUUUUGCCAAUGUGCUUUGCUUGGUGCCAGUAUCUGAAUGCAGAACUUGUGUCUUUUAUUCUUCAGGAGGAGACUUUUAUGAACAGGGUUGAAGUCAAGGUAAAAAUACCCGAGGAGCUGAAACCGUGGCUUGUGGAUGACUGGGAUUUGAUCACCCGGCAAAAGCAGGUAACUCUGAAAUUGUGUUACUAAAUGGACUGCUUAUUUUUAAGCACCUGCAGUAACCUGAGUUGGUUGUUAGGUAAUGGGAUAUUACGGUUUGUUUGUAAGCCGCCUUUCAGCCAAAAAGAUUAAAUCCCAAAGACUCCCAAGCUCCCAAGACUAAAUCAACACAUAAAAAUACAAUAAUGGAAGUCCAAUUGAUAGAAUUUCAAAACGUUUCAGCAGUAUUACAAACGAAACACAUCCGUGUACCUUCCAAAAAGGCAAAGAACAUUCCCUACAGAAAUAUUAAGAGAAGGCAAGAAUAUGUAAGAAGCAUCUUUGCCUUACAAGGUCCCAGGCAGCGGGUUGCUCGAAGGCAGGUGGAAAACCUGGUGGCCCUUGAUGGCUCCCGCAGAUUAUACUUCUAAAAACCAUAGUGGGGUUUUCCCUUGUAGGCUAGUUAGCUACUUUUAUCCUUGCCAUCUUGUGGUUGCAAAGGAGGUGCAAGUUUCUUCCAAUUUGAAAGAAGAGGUUCCAUGGAGUUGCACCUCUCUCCUGUCUCCAGUCUUUUUUGUUCUGGCUUAGGCGCCUCUCGCUUUCUUCCGUAGCUCUUCUACCUUCCUGCCAAGAAGAACGUUGACUCCAUUUUGGAGGACUACGCAAACUACAAGAAGUCGCGAGGGAACACUGAUAACAAGUGAGGAGGGGUGGUGGUUGUGGGAGCGCAUCAGAAGGGCCCAUUGUGGAGUAUCUCUAACCAAAAAUAUUGGUCCUUUGAUAUGAGGAGGCUGACCUCAAACUCUCUUUGUUUGUUUGUUUAUUACAUUUAUAUACCCUCUUUUCUUCCAAGGAGCCCAAGGUGGUAUAUAUGGUUCUACUUGCUGCCCCCCCCCCAUUUAAUUCCCACAACAACCUAGUGGCUGGCUCAAGGGCACGCAGUGAGCUUCAUGUCUGAGUGGGGGAUUCAAACCCUGCUCUUUCAGGUCCUGGUUUGAUACCCAACUGUUUUGCCACACUGGCUCUAUUUGCAUGAGACAUGUAUGUGCUGCACAGCUGUUCAAAGCAGCUUAGUGUGUUUAUAUUUCUUUCACUUGUUCUAUCUUGAAUACUCCCUUCCAGUCCUGCAGGAAGGUUGGCUCAAAUUCAGCAUGAGGGUUUGGGGUUUUUUUGCAGCCAUGCCUCAAGUAAUCUUACAACCCAAUUCAGUAGUUCUCUUCUCCCCCAGCCCUGUUUGAGGUAAAGUAUUUGGGGGCUUGCUUUGUGGGAACCUGGAGGAAGAGGGUGCCAGGAAGCGACCCUGGUCAAUUGACCCAUUGAACGCCUGACUCCAUUUAUCCACAAAGGGAUUUUACAGAGUUUACCCCACUGUAAUAUCCUGAAACAUUUCCUGGAGCAUUCUGGGACACAACUGAAUUUGUAAUGCUCUGAGGCCAUCCGAACAAGCUCUCUCUGCCGUGCUGAAGAGGGCGACUGGAUCCAACCCAGCCUUGAUCUGGCAAUAGCCCAAUCAUGGCAAAAGCGUGGUAAUACGCCAAUCGCAGUGUCACCAGAAUCCUGCUUUGUGCAAAAAAAGUUAGUCCAGAAUGUGACUGCCCAGUUUCAAGGUUGCUGUGAAGGCCAGGAGGCUGUGACAGUCAAGGCAGCUUCCUUAGGGGUGUUGAAGCCCCCUACUGUGAGAAAAGAUUAUUUGUGCAGUGUCAAAAAAAAUUAUAGGUGCUCUUUAAUUUUUUUUGAAAAAGCAAUAGUCCUGCCUGCAGGCUCAUUAUUUUAUGCAUGCACUUACACAUGUCCCCCACAAACUGCUUAUUGCUAAGAUAGGCUUCUGAUACGCACAAAAGGGGAUGGGAUGAUGUCCAUGCCCGAAGGUCUGUAGCUUGGUUCCCACAGGCAUCUGGUUGGCCACUGUGAGAACAGGAUGCUGGGGAACAGCAGGCUUUUCUUAUGUUCUUAUGCAAAGGCCAGCCUGGGAGCAGAGCAGAUAACACCAGGGGGUGGAGAAUAUCUGUGGCCCUCCAGAUGUUGUUAGGCUUCAGCUGCCAGCACAGCCAGGGAUGGUGGGAAUUGGAGGUUCCCAGCUGCUGAGAACACUCUGCAGAUGUGCACAGAUGGAGGUCAGCAGGAAAUGAGGUGACAGCUAGAAUUCCCAGAGCAGGAGGGUUUGGUGGCCAUGUCCAUUUGCACCCCCCACCCCCCGUGGAACGCCUUCCCUUCAGAUGUCAAUGAGAUAAAGAACUACACAACUUUUAGAAGACAUCUGAAGGCAGCCCUGUAUUGGGAAGUUUUUAAUGUUUGAUUUUUAUUGUGUUUUUAUAUAUGCUGUAUGCUGUCCGGAGAGAUGGGUGGGGUAUAAAUGAAAUAUUAAUAAUAAUUAAUAACGAAUUCGUGUUCUGGCUGUUGCUGACCCUGCAUUUUUCUUGCUGUGCACCAGAGAAUAUGCUGUUAACGAAGUUGUGGCAGGCAUCAAAGAGUACUUCAACGUCAUGCUGGGCACUCAGCUGCUCUAUAAAUUUGAGAGGCCGCAGUAUGCAGAAAUCUUAGCGGACCACCCUGAUGCACCGAUGUCACAGGUGUACGGAGCUCCCCACCUCCUGCGGCUGUUUGGUAUGUACAUAGUUUGUGGGACACAAAAGGCUUUUCCCAACCUGAUAACCGUCGCUUUGGACUGCGACUCCCACCAGUCCCGGGCAGCAUGCUGAGACCUGAUGGGAGCACAGCCAUGCUGCCUGAGGUUUCUGGGAGCUGUAGUUUGAAACGUUUGGAGCAGCCACAUUUUACAAAUGUGGCUGCAGCACUUUUAUGAGGAGGCUGUUCUUUUAAAUGCCAGUGGAAGCCGCUUCUUAGCUGACAAACGAGGCUCUCUCUUUCUGGUAUGCAUGUCCUGCUCCUUCACAGGUGCAGCAUUCAUCUUGUUUUUGAACCCACCUUAAAGCUGCACAAAGCAAUUUAUUGAAUCAGGGGGGAAAUUAUAACGGACAUAAGAAUUAUGUUGGGGAAAAUUGAGAGUUGAACACAAAGAGCUAUUGGAGGCCCAGGGUGUAGGGUGGCAUCAUUGCAGAAGUUCAUGUGCGUGAGCAUGUGGUGUGAUUUCCCCAUAAAUGAGGCCUUGGGAGCUGCAUUGCUCUCCUUUGGGUGGGAGCCUCCAGCCCCAAGAUACGAAAUAGCUUUGCUUCCUUUAAUCAUUUCUAGUACUGUGGGCAGUGUAGGAUGAGUUGCAGAAUAUUCAGCGAGGAACCCAUCCUGGUGCAUCAUUCUAUUAGACCAGUGGUUCUCAGACUUUGGGGAGCUGCUGCCCCCUUGGUUCCAUAAACUCACCCCCAGUGCCCCCUGCCCUAUAAAAAGCAUUGCUCAGGAUAACCGUUUGCAAGACCCACACAAACAAAUUUAAAACAGUGACUGUGUAAUUUUUCAACAUCCAAUUGAAACUAUUUAGUUUAAUUCAACUAAAUGGAUGAACAUGAUCCACUGAGACCAGCUUUUCAAAGCCUGACAGCCAUUUACACCUCCAGCACCCCCUUGCCUCUAAGCACCCCUCUAGAUAAUGUCGCCACCCCCGGAGGGUGGUACCAGCCACUGUGCUAGACAAAACUGCCCAGUCUAUAUUGGGGGUUAGCAGCACCUACUAAGUGGACCUUUCAUAACCCUCAGUUCCCCUCAGUGCUACUCUUCACUGUGUUCCAAAAUGCUUCCUCACUUGUUUCUGACCCAGGAGGCUUUCCAGGCAUCCCUGAAACUUCAUCUCUGCUUUAGGAUCACUAAUGUGUCACUUUCAAAAGGCAGCUGCAGUCAUGACCUGUAUGAUGUGAUGGCUGGACAACUCAACUGGAAAUAGAGCUGGUGAAUGUUAUGAAUUGUGCAAAUGCUUCCCUUAACGUUGUCUUCUCCCUUGUCCUUAAAUUACCGUCUGAACAGUCCGGAUCGGAGCCAUGCUCGCUUACACGCCCUUGGACGAGAAGAGUCUGGCCUUGCUGUUGAACUACUUGCACGAUUUUCUAAAGUAUGUACAAUGGAUCGCGUUUGAUAUCUGCUGAGUUGAGAGAGGCACCUUGGUCCUUGUGAGAGCUUGUGUUUCAUGCAAAGAUGUUUGCAUGGGGGUUGUGGGCAACUCCAGGGCUCUUCUUCCUUCUAGCGUGAUACAAGGAACUGUGCUUUUAUCUCUUGGCAAGCUGAAAUGUUGAUGGAUGAUGGGACAGGAUUAGAAGUCCUCUUCCGUGGUCUCUUAGUUCCAUGGAUUUCCUUAGAGAAGUGUGGCAUUUUUUUCAGGCUUUUGAGAGGCGGCAUAGAUACAGCAAGCCCUUAAUGAGCCAAAUCUCAAAGGAUCCACCCUAGUGAUCUGACCUUGUCUACUGCUGUGCCACAAACUUUUGCUGCUAACACAAUCUGCCCCCUUGCAGAGCUUCUGAAUCCAAUUCAAAUCCUUCUGAGUGCCACAAGCCCCCUUGUUUUUGCUGCAACAGGCAGUGAGCCAUUUGGGAAUUUCUAUUUUAAUUUUAAUUUUAAUUUAAUUUAAUAUUUAAUUUAAUAUUUAAUUUAAUUUAAUUUAAUUUAGUUUAUUAUGUUUGUUUUACCUGCCCUCCAAGGAGCUCAUGGUGCUUACAUAGUUCUCAUGCUUCCCAUUUUAUACUGACAACAACCCUGUGAGGUAGGUUAGGCUGAGAGUAAGUGACCAGCCCAAGGUCACCCAGUGAGCUUCAUGGUUGAGUGGGGAUUUGAACUCUGGUCUCCCAGAUCCUAAUCUGGCACAUUAAUAUACUGGGUAGGAUUUGCUCUGCUUCUGUCUAAAGUCGUAACAUAACUCUGCCACUUCAUAUGGGCAGGUGGAAAUGUUUCCUCCCACAAGUGGGGAGGAAAAGAGAUAAUUGAAUAUGAAAAAACAACGUUUUUGGAGAGGAGGUGAUGCCAGCAUCCUUCUCUCUGACAUGCUAGAUUUCUGUGUGAGUUAGUUUGAAGUGGUACCUGUGUAGGUGCAGAGGUUUCUGUCUGCCUGGGUGAGCAGUUGAGCUUCCCUUUCCUCCUUGCUUAAAGGCACAAUCCAGGGGUGUUCUGGCUUUCUGUCCUAGUUCUACAAAAUAGUGCAAGAGGAGGGCUUGUGGGGCUGAGGGGAAGCAUGUGAUGGAGCUGUGAGCUGGGUUUGUAUGCCUGUCUCUCCACAUUCCUUGCUAACACAAUAAGGCCAAGAUUGGACACUGUUGUGGAUUUUCUUAAAUCAACCACACCCAGUUGUGAUGUCUGAGAUGGCUUGGUCAGAACAACACAGCAGUGGAGUCCACAGGCCUAUAAAUUAAACAGGCUUAUGUAGAGGCAUUCCCUCACUUUAGCUUUACACGUGUAGAGCGUUACAGUCGGGUGAUGACUAAGCAAUGGCCUUAUGGGACAGAGCAAAAGGAACAUCCACAACAAGAACUGAGGAGGAACAGGGCCAAAGAAACAUCUAUCAGUGUUAGGAGGUUCCUUCACACUUCUUCAGACAGCUUGACUCUUUCGCAACAUCCUCUCCCCAAACCCAUCCGUCUGCCAUCAUUUAUAAGACGCCCCCUAUUUUUUUUAACCCAAAAUUAAGAAAUUAAGUUUUUUAGCUUUUUUGGGGGGUGGGGGAGGUCACUUCCACCAAUUGCUCACCCGCCUGCCCGCCACUGCCAAUCGCUUCCCACAGCCACUGCAAAUCGCACACCUUCCCACAGCCGCCAAUUGUCUGCCCGUUCGCCGCCACCAACAGCCCACCCGCCCACUUGCCACAGCCGCCAAUCGCCUGCCUGCCUGCCUCGCCACAGCCACCAAUCGCCUGCCCAGUUGCCACAGCCAAUCGCCAGCAGGCCUUGCCGCAGUCACCAAUCACCCGCCCAAUCGCUGCUGCCAAUCUCCUGCUUGCUGCUGCCGUUAAUUGCAUGUCCCCCCCUCUGCAUUCACUAUCCGUGUAUAAGACAACACCCAAUUUUUGCCUUUUUUUUAAAGCAAAAAGUGUCGUCUUAUACACGGGAAAAUACGGUAUUUGUAUGGCGCUUUCCUACAACAGUAAAUAUAACAACAUGCAAAACAACAUUUCAGUACUAUAAUAAGAUUACAUUAAUAACACCUAGCAACAAAAAUAACAAGGGAGUUGUCAGUUUCACCUUGGUCCUAGAAGCUCCUCUAUUGCACAGCUUCUUAUAAGGUUUCCAAAGACUGGGUGGGUCAGCUGGAGCACCCUUUCAACACUUUCUUUUACUGCCCAUACAUCUUAGGGUUAUCAACACUCUCUCUCUAUCUCUAUAUAUAUAUCACUAAGCCCAACCUCUUGGCUUCCAUCUGAGAUUCAAGCCUGUUGCCUUCCCCUUCCUUCCCCGUCUGCAGGUACCUAGCAAAGAACUCUUCCACGCUGUUCAGCGCGAGCGACUAUGAAGUCGCACCUCCGGAGUAUCAUCGGAAAGCUGUGUAAGCUUCUCACACUCAUGGUGUGUGUGCGUGUGUGUAUGAGUGUGUGCAUCACUGGAAGGGAUCCUUGGGUCUCUGCAGCAGACCUGCCCGGUUCCACGUCUGCUCACAGUCUCCUCUUGCACACGUCUUUCCGCACAGCUGACAUCCGUGUCAAGUGAAUAGUGUUUUGUGUCUUCAGAUGGAACUGUUGCCGCCCCCACGUCCCAAGGUCGCUUUUCCUUCAGACGGAUCUCUUUCAAGGGGAGAGCCUCCUGGAGCGUGUCAUUGGAUCGAUUUUGGUGUUGGAAUGUGGUGCUGGAAAUGUGACGAAACGUUUCAUAGUCUUGAGCCUCCUGCAUGCUUUUAGGCCCAUUUUUUCCCCUUGAAACCAAGCUGAUGAUGGUUUGAUGGUGUGUUGUCUUCCUCUUCCAUCCCUCAACCCCUUCAAAACAAGCAAACAAACUCUUGCUUCCAACCGAGUGGGGAGGACCAAACGCAGAUGUCUACUUGCAGCUUGGGAGGGGAGGGACAGGGUGGGGAGGGAGUUCAUGUGCUUUCUUGGUGUUGGGAGGGUAAAAAUGUGUGGGUUUAAGUCUGUGUUCUUUGCCUGCAUAGCUGAAGAAUUGUGGGGUUAACUUUUGUCUUGGGUUCAAAUGCACCUUCUAACAUAGGACAGAUUUGCCAUUGUGUCUCACAAGUUUUCUGAAAUGGUUUUUUUUGUUGUUUUUUUUGGUAGGGGAUGUUUACAGGUCCCCAAAUAAACUUUUCUAUUUCAACUGUUAAAAGACGG